ACUUUGACUCACUCAGAAGAAGAAGAAAAACACAGUCUGAAGUUUGACUGUAAACGUGGACGAAGUAUUUGUCGGACUCAUCAGCUCGUUGUCUGCUCGCUGCUACGUCGGUCAUGUCGCAGGACAAUCUUUCCGUGGUGCUGCACUCAAAAGGAGACCUGAGGCUGGAAAAUCGACCUAUCCCGGAACCAGAACCAAAUGAGGUUUUGCUCCAGAUGCACUCUGUGGGCAUCUGUGGAUCAGAUGUUCACUACUGGCAGAACGGCCGAAUUGGGGACUUUGUGCUUAAAAAGCCGAUGAUACUGGGUCAUGAGGCUUCAGGGCGGGUGGUGAAAGUUGGAGCCGCAGUCAAGCACCUUAAAGUGGGUGACAGAGUGGCCAUUGAGCCUGGUGUUCCCCGUGGCACGGACGAGUUCUUCAGAAAUGGACGCUACAACCUGUCUCCUACCAUCUUCUUCUGUGCCACACCCCCUGACGAUGGAAAUCUGUGCAGAUACUACACUCACAGUGCCAACUUCUGUUACAAGUUGCCCGACAACGUAACAUUUGAGGAGGGAGCUCUAAUUGAACCUCUUUCUGUGGGGAUCCACGCCUGUCGCAGAGCUGGCGUUACCCUCGGCAGCAGCGUGCUCAUCUGUGGUGCAGGACCAAUAGGGUUGGUCUGUUUAGUCGUGGCCAAGGCAAUGGGGGCCUCACAAGUCGUCAUCACCAAUCUGUCCUCAGAGCGCCUGGCUGUGGCCAAAGAGUUAGGUGCAGACUUCCAGGUGACAGUGACGAGAGGAGACGCGCCCCAGCAGCUGGCUCAGAAUGUAGCAGACAUGCUGGGCGCUCAGCCCCACAUCACUAUUGAAUGCACCGGUGUUGAGAGCAGCAUUCAAACUGCCAUCUAUGCGACUCGUUCAGGAGGAGUGGUGGUGCUGGUUGGUCUCGGCUCUGAGAUGGCCACUGUUCCCCUGAUCAAUGCAGCUGUAAGAGAAGUGGACAUCAGAGGUGUUUUCCGCUACUGCAAUACCUGGCCGAUGGCCAUCGCCAUGUUGGCUUCAGGUAAAAUAAAUGUAAAACCCCUCGUGACCCACCGUUUCCCUCUGGAGCAGGCGGUCCAGGCCUUUGAGACCACGCGUCAGGGUCUCGGGAUAAAGGUCAUGUUAAAGUGUGACCAGACUGACCAGAAACCCUGAACGGACCCGCUGCAGUGACAAAACCUGACCAAUUGAGAGCAAGUCAGCAUAACAGAUAGAAUCCACACACUGGACUUUGACCUAAAGAAAGAUAACAGAUGGAGCUCAAAGAGACGCACUACCUGCAGGUCGGACCUGUUGUAAGCAUUAAGUGGUACGAGUAAUUAUUUAAUUAGGGACAACUUUGUUUGUUAAUCAACACUUUAAUAUUUCAUCUUAGCAUUUAAUGAAUUUUAAAUGAUUGAUGAUUUACACGAGCACUGUAGACAAAGAGAGGCCUUGAAAAAUAAAGUUAAUUUAACAAAA